UCCAAUAGUUUUGAUCUACGAAAAAUAUUAUAAGAUGAGUGAAAUUGAUAUAUUGUGUGCUAAAAAUAUUACACCAGAUUCUCCCAUCCUAUUAAAUGAAUCUUUGGGUAGUGUACAAAGAAUUGCAACCCAAUCGGCAGAAAAAAGCCUACAAAAUAUUAUUAGUACGUCCUUACUUACACUAUGUGGAGUUUUCAUUUUAAUAUGGUAUAUACAAUUUUUAUGGAAUAAUAGACGUUUAUACUGGUACUCUUACAAAACACCAGGUCCCAUUGGUCUUCCAUUUAUUGGCAUAGGUUACAAAUUUCUAACCCGAGACUCAAGUGUGAUGUUACAACGUUGGGUGGAUAUACAAAUUGCUUACCCAAAAGUAGCUGCUGCCUGGUUGGGACCCACACUUUAUUACGUAAUAUCGAAACCGGAAUAUAUAGAAAAGAUAUUAACGAGUAGAUCAGCUUUGAAUAAAGAUCAUGUCUAUCAGUUCAUGAGUGACAUUGGUGAAGGUAUACUUACUGUUACAGCUGAAAAAUGGAGAAAGCAUCGAAAAAAUAUAAUUCCAUCUUUUAAUCAAAAAAUUCUCGAAGCCUAUCAGGAUAUAUUUUGGAAUAAAGCACAACUAUUAACGAAAGUGCUUCAAAAAGAGGUGGGAAAUAAAAAUUUGCGCUUGUUUAAAUUGUUGUCUCACUGCACAAUGGAUAUAACAUGUGCUACCACGCUUGGAUUAAAUAUAAAUAUACAAAAUUCAGAAGUGGAAUUUAUCACAGCUUUAGACAAAGUAAUGGAAAUAAUUAGUGUAAGAACCUUCCAUAUCUGGCAUCAAUUGAAAUUUACUUGGAGAUUGUAUCCAAUGAGUAGAGAGUAUGAUAAAGCGUUUAAAAUAUGUAAAGAGUUCUCAUCUUCUUUAAUAUCAAACACAAAGAGGAAAUAUGAAUCAACUAGAGGGAAUUCAAGCUUCGAAGAUGAUAUUGCGUCGGCUGUUGAAGGGAAACAUCGCGAUGGUAUUUCAUUUUUAGAUCUUCUUUAUAAAAAUACUAAAUUCUCUGAACAAGAAAUUACAGAUGAAAUCAACACAUUUUUAGCAGCAACCACUGAUACAACAGCAUCUAGUAUUUGUUUUGUUUUAAUUAUGCUCGGUUUAUUCCAAGAUAUUCAGCAAAAAGUUUUUGAAGAGUUAAUUGAUAUUUUGGGACCAGAUAGAAGAGUUUUUCCUGAUGAUCUACCACAAAUGAAAUAUUUAGAAAGAGUAGUAAAGGAAACGUUGAGGUUAUUUCCUGCUGUCCCAUUGCUAGCAAGAACUUUGCAGGACGAUAUUGAUGCAGGUGAUAUGGUUUUUCCAAGUGGAAGUUCAGUCCUAGUUGGUACCGUAUUUGUUCACAGAAAUCCCGUACACUGGCCAGACCCGCUUAAAUUUGAUCCAGAUCGUUUUUUGCCUGAAAACGCUGCAAAACGACAUCCGUGCACAUAUAUUCCGUUUUCUUAUGGACCAAGAAAUUGUAUAGGUGCAAAGUACGCCAUGAUGAAUAUGAAAACGGUUUUGGCUGCAGUUGUGCGAAGAUAUAAAAUCUUUACUGAAUAUAAAAGCGUUGAAGAGAUUAAACUAUCGACGAACCUGGUUUUGAGACUGAAAGAUGGACCCAAAGUGUGGAUUGAAAAUAGAUGAUUUAAAACUAUGACAUAAGCUAGGGUAUUAGUUAUUUAGUUGUAGGUUAUAUUAAUUAUUAAUAAAUUAUUAAUGCAA